AUGGUACAAGCGCUGCCGACGCCUCAGGCGCCGCAGCUCGCGCCCGUGCCGCAGACGCAGACACAGCGCCCCGCGAUGAUGAUGUCGGCUGACGAAGCGCAGUUCGGCGGUACCCUUCGCAUAGUGGCGGCUGGCAGCAUCCAGUCGUUCGACCCGCUUUGGACGACCGCAUCGGGCACCGGAAACGUUUCCAACACCAUUCUCGAAGGACUUUUCGAGUACACGAGCGACUACGGAAUCGCUCCCCUGCUGAUCGAAAGCUGGGAUAGCAGCGACGACAAUCUGUCCUGGACAUUCAAGUUGCGAGAGGGCAUCAAGUUCCAUGACGGCACUCCCCUGACGACCGAGCAGGUGCAGGGAACGCUGAACCGCCAGAAGGACCGAGCGCCAAUACUGAGGCUCGUCCGCAAUGAGUUCGGAGCAGGCGACGGCGAAUUUGAAGAGUUCCUGACGGUCGAAGACGACCUACACUUCAGCCUGAACCUUAAAGAAGGAACAGGACUUGUCAUAGAUGCCAUAGGUCCGCAGGGCUUCGGGCCCCGCCUCGUAACUGCCGACUGGUACGACAACUACACUGCUAACCAAUCGGCGGAAGGUCCUCCCAACGGGACUGGGCCAUUCAUCUUCGAGGAAUGGCUGCCCGGCGACCGCUGGAGCGCGACGAGGUACGAGGACUACAGCCCGCAUCCAGCCCCGCGAGCGGCACAUCGGCGGACAUACCGCCUAUGUUGA